GACUACACAAACAAAACACAACACAACACAAGUAUUCAUCUCUUGUACGAGGUUUUUUUUUGUAUUUUUGUUUAGGAGAAUCUCUUGUACGAGGUUGUAGUAUCGCAAUGGGUAGCAUCAAUAGAGAGAAUAAUGAUGCUGAUCACAAUCUUAUACAAUCUCUCUUGUCAAAAGAAAUAUCUACCAUUAACAAACAUCAACAUGAGGAUGAUGAUGAACAAGAAUUUGGCAAGAAACUAUGGUUUGAAACGAAGAAACUAUGGCACAUAGUUGGUCCCUCUAUUUUCAGCCGCGUCGCAUCUUUCACCAUGAACGUCGUUACUCAAGCCUUUGCCGGUCACCUUGGUGACGUUCAACUCGCUUCCAUUUCCAUCGCCAAUACCGUCAUCGUUGGCUUCAAUUUUGGCCUCCUUUUGGGGAUGGCAAGCGCAUUGGAGACACUUUGUGGGCAAGCUUUUGGGGCAAAGAAACAUAACUUAUUAGGAAUAUACCUACAAAGAUCUUGGAUUGUUCUGUUCCUUUGUUGUUUUUUACUGUUGCCGUUUUAUAUCUUUGCCACUCCAAUUCUCAAACUUCUAGGACAACCUGAUGACGUGGCAGAAUGGAGUGGUAUUGUGGCUAUCUGGCUUAUACCUUUGCAUUUCAGUUUUGCAUUUCAGUUUCCUCUUCAGAGGUUUCUACAAUGCCAGCUGAAAACUGGUGUGAUUGCUUGGGUUUCUUUGGUUGGUUUGGUGGUAAAUGUGGUGCUUAGUUGGCUGUUGAUUUUUGUUUGGGAUUUUGGACUUAUUGGUGCUGCUAUUGCUUUGGAUGUUUCUUGGUGGAUUUUGGUUUUUGGGAUGUUGGCUUAUACUGUUUGUGGUGGGUGUCCUUUAACUUGGACUGGUUUUUCAAUUGAAGCCUUUUCUGGUCUUUGGGAUUUCUUCAAACUCUCUUUUGCUUCUGGAGUUAUGCUAUGUGAUUUGUGCAGUUUAGAGAACUGGUAUUACAGGAUACUGCUACUUAUGACUGGCCAGUUGGAGAAUGCGACUGUUGCUGUUGAUGCCUUGUCUGUAUGUAUGACUAUCAAUGGGUGGGAAAUGAUGAUUCCCCUUGCGUUCUUUGCUGGUACCGGGGUAAGAGUAGCAAACGAACUAGGAGCAGGAAAAGGGAAAUCAGCAAAAUUUGCAAUGCAAGUAUCAGUGGCACAAUCAACAGUGAUUGGGUUCAUAUUUUGCAUUCUGAUAAUGAUAUUCCAUAGACAAUUUGCAUACAUUUUCACCACCAGCCCUCCUGUGCUUGAAGCUGUUAACGAUAUGUCAAUUCUGUUGGCUGUCACAAUUCUUCUCAAUAGUGUUCAACCUAUUCUCUCUGGAGUAGCUGUUGGUUCAGGGUGGCAAGUAUUUGUGGCAUAUGUAAAUAUAGGAUGUUACUAUCUAAUUGGACUCCCACUUGGAAUUCUCAUGGGAUGGGUUUUUAAUACUGGUGUUGAAGGUAUAUGGGGUGGAAUGAUAUUUGGUGGUACAGCAAUCCAAACGUUGAUACUUAUCAUAGUAACAGCACGAUGUGAUUGGGAAAAUGAGGCAAAGAAGGCUAGGUCAAGUGUAAGCAAGUGGUCUGUCACAAAACCUGAUGACCAACUGCAGAUUACCGAAUAAUAAUGGAUCAGUUCAUUUGCGCAUAUACUUCAUCAGCAAGAAGAUGAAGCUAGCACAACAUUGAUCCGAUUAUUAUAUCUUUCAAUAAUUUUCUUUCUGUUAAUGUAUUUGUAGUGAGAAUUAGCUAGUUGGGUUUUGUUUUGCAUUAAGUUUAUUAAGAAAUGCAGCAAAAGUUAGAGAAGAAAAAAUGAAUAAAAUUCAACAAGGAUUUUUUAUGUC